GUCAAUCAUCAUGAUCGUCCUGAUAUUAACAGCUUUACUCUUUGUGGUUCUGAACAAUUCACGAGCAGAGGCCAGACCCAUCAUUUCUACCAAGUCAGAUACAGGAAAGAUAUUCACAGGAGAAUCUAUAACUCUGACCUGUAACAUGGAUUCUCGAUAUGCACAUCUAUGGGAUAAUUAUAAUUGGUACAGAGAUGAAACAAAGAUAAGUAAGGGGAGGAUUUAUACCAUAAAUCGUGCAACAUCUGAGGAUAGCGGGGAUUAUACAUGUACAUUUAAAGUAAUAACUAGUUACAGAAGUGAUCCUUUCACUCUGAAAGUUAGUGAUGACAUUUUCUCUGAUCCAGUAUUAAACAUGGAUCAAAUUCAGCUCACAGUAGGUGCUCCCAUGACCUUGACAUGUGCCACAAGGCUUGCUCCAUACAAAAUGGGCACAGAACUGCAGGUUGCCUUCUACCGAAAUGGUCAGAAAGUGCAGGAAUUUGGUAAAUCCAAUCAAUACAGAGUUAAAUCUAUUAAACUGUAUCACUCUGGAGAUUAUACAUGUGAAGUGAGGACUGCAACCGACAGUGUAAGGAAAUCCAGCCAAAAAAUAAAUAUCAAAAUUGAAGGAACUAUGGCCAGACCUGUGAUUUCCCUCACACCAGAUUGGGGGAAGAUAUUCACAGGUGAAUCUGUAACUCUGACCUGUAAUGUGGGAUUUAAUGAACAAGAAAAACAGAAAUAUUAUUGGUAUAAAGACAAACAAAAGAUAUCUAAAAGUGAGAAGACAUUUAAAAUCCAAUCUGCCAUAACGGACGACAGUGGGUUUUACCAGUGCCAAACCCGCAGCAGUGGUUUCAGUGAUCCUAUCACACUGGAUGUCCGUAACAAUGAUUUCAUCCUGCAGGCACCGAAUUCUGUGUAUGAAGGGGACUACCUGAAAUUGGAAUGUAACAAGAAGACGAAAUAUUCAGAUUUUCCCCCACGUUUCUACCACAGAGAUAAGCUCCUUCAGUCAGACUCUGGCUCUAAUUUCCAUCUUAAUAAUGCAGAAACAUCUGAUUCGGGUACAUACCGUUGUAAAUAUAAUUACUAUUAUGGAGACUAUUAUGAAGACUCUGUAAAUGUCACUGUACAAGCUCAUGCAUAUAACAUUUGUGAAAGCAUACAACAAAUCAUUCAUGUUAGAGGGGCGUGGCCGACAACGGAGCUGAACGGUCGCAUAUCUGUGGAGCUCCGUCUCGGCCCCACGGAUAAAGAGGCUAAAAAUAGACAUUUCAGCUAUACAAUCCCCCAACUUACCCGCCACCCGAAAGCCGACAACAUGGGGCGCAAACACAAAAAAAUAAUCCAUGUGGAGCGACCCGUGGCACCCGACAUUCGGAUCGCCUUCCAGAGGCCUACUCAAGCGCGGCCGGCUAAGAUGGCACCGGAACCGCACAUGGCGCUGGAAACCUCAGAGGAGUCCCAGGACGAAAGAGACUCGCAGACCUCACUCCAACCCGAGGACACCCCUCACAUGUCUGACACGGACGACGAUGACUCCCCGUCCACAAAAGGGGACAUCAAGAGGCUGCUAACCGACCUCAGACAAGUCUGGAAAGCUGACCUAAAGGAGACCCAGGCUGAAAUUGGGAUCCUACAGCAGAGGGUACAAGAGGUGGAGACCAGAGAGAAACGCAGGGACAACCACCUACAUGAUAACACAGAAAGGCUGGAUAAGCUCACCGAACAGGUCCAACGCCUACACAAUACGGUGGUCUCGCUGGAGUCCAGACACCGCCGUCGCAACAUACGUAUGAGGGGCAUCCCUGAAACGGUGAGCGACGAAGACCUGCUACCCUUCACCCGGAGGCUUGUUUCUUCAAUGGGCCUCAGGUGUAACACAGACACCCCAAUAAUCUUAACCGCUUUCUGGGUGCGCAAAUCACCAGCAGCACCAGCAGGGGCCCCCAGAGACACCAUAGCCACAACCAGAGACGUUGCAGCGAGAGCCGCCAUUAUGGCCAGCUCUAGAACCCUGGGGACAGUGAAACUAGAGGGCUGCGAGGUGGCCUUUUACAGUGACCUUCCCUUCUCGGUCCUUGCUGCUAGGAGGCAACUAGCACCAGUCGCUAAGACAUUAAGAGAUCUCUCUGUCCGCUAUAGAUGGGACACAGCGGGCUCACUGGUGGUACAUCGGGGCACUGAGGCAAUCACUCUGACCCCCAAUGAUGAUCCAGAGACUCUCCUCAAAAGCCUUGGCACAACUGCCCCCAAGCACGGCAAGAGCAAGCUCUUCUCUGUUCCUCAUAUAAGUGUGAGCCCAUAUCCUCUGACUCCAGGAGCUGAUAUGACCCUGACAUGUGACACAAGCCUUGCCCUGCUCAGAGCAGACACAGAAUUAGAAUUUGCGUUCUACAAAAAUGGAAAGAUGGUGCAGGAUUUUAGGGCAUCUAAUACAUUCAGGAUUAAAAACCUUAACUCGGAUUUGCUUGGAAAUUAUACUUGUGAUGCAAUAACUUCAACUAGGAGUGUAAAGAAAACCAGCCGAAGAUCAAAUAUCAAGAUUGCAGGAGCCAGAGCCAGACCUUUUAUUACAGUCGUACCAAACACAGGAAAGAUAUUCAAAGGGGAAUCAAUAACUGUGACAUGUAAUCCUGCAAAACAAACUUAUCAGAGUUACCACUGGUACAAGAACAGUCAGUAUAUGUAUGAAAACAACCGCUAUAUAAUUAUAUCAGCUGAAAAGGAAAACAGUGGUGACUAUCAGUGUGGGAUUGGCUAUAGUGAUAAAAGUGAGCCGUUCACACUGAUAGUUAGUGAUGAAACGUUGGUCAGACCUGUGAUUUCUGUAACUCCAAACACCAGAAAGAUAUUUAUUGGGGAUUCUAUAACUUUAACUUGUAAUGUGGAUUCAGUCAGUCGAGAGGACCAGAACUAUUAUUGGUACAAAGACAGCAAAUAUGUAUAUAUUACUGGAAACACCUUUACAAUUCAAUCUGCUGAAAUUGAUGACAGCGGCGAUUACCAGUGUGAAACCGAGAGGGGCGAUCAAAGUGAUCCUUUCAAUUUAGAUGUUGGUAAUGAUCUUUCCACUAGAGUGAGGGUGAUCCUGGGGCCACCCGGAGGGCUGAUUACUGAAGGAGAGAGGCUGAAAGUGACCUGCUCUGUGGAUAGAGGGUCCGGGAACCUGGAAUUCAAAUGGUGCAAGCAAGAUGGUGAAACCUGUGAUAAAAUGUAUCAGGCAGGAUCACACCAGGAACAUUUUCUGGUGGAAUCUAUGGUGGAAAGCUACGGUGGAGACUAUUUCUGUUCAGUAACUGCCAACAACAUUCAGGUUGCUUUCAAAAGUGAAACGGUGAAGAUAUCUGUGCACGUGCCUGUGUUUGACGCGAGACUACAUCCAUAUACAGACAAACUGCAAAUGGUGGUUGGAGACAACAUGACCUUUACUUGCUCAGUGGAGCGAGGCACCACUCCUCACUUCCGGUGGUGGCACAAUCGAGUGGAGGUAGAUAAUCAGUCUGGGAUGUAUCAGAUCAGAGAGUCUGGGAAGAUGUUAUAUAUAGAGUCUGUCAACUCUGACCAUGAAGGAAAGUUCUACUGCAAGGCCAGCAAUCAGAUUUCAAACAAAAUAACUACUAUACAGAGCAACGUCUUGAACGUCCUUGUCAUAGUACCUGUGACAGGUGCCAGAAUCCGUGCUGACAGAGACAUUCUGGAGAUGGGGAUUGGAGACAAUGUGACCUUUACUUGCUCGGUGGAGCAAGGAACCUUUCCUUUUUUCUUGUGGCAACACAAUGGAAAGGAUGUGGACCAUAAGUCUGAACUUUACCUGAUCAAAGAGUAUGGGAGGAUCCUAUAUAUAGAGUCUGUCCUAUCCGCGCAUAGAGGAACUUACCAGUGUUGGACCAGCAACCAAGGCUCAAACAGGAACUUUACUGCAGAGAGCAAUGUUCUGACCAUCACCGUUGCAGAGAAUGCAUUGACCUACCUGGCUCCAGCGAUAUCCUCCUUCCUGCUGAUAGUAAUUCUGACCACGGCCAUACUUGUUUUCAUAUACCGCCACAAACUACCACUCCCGUGUACUAAAAGUCAUCAGCCUGAACCGAGAACAGUAUUUGACAAAGUCCAGGUUAGGACUGCUCUGGGGCCAGGAAAUGAAAUGAACCAAUUAAGUUCUGAAGAUGAACAAACGGAAUACAGAAACUUGCCCGCCCGGUCACCAGCCAGAGACUCAUAUACAGAAGAUGACAUUUAUUACAUUGAUAUCCGCUGCGUGCCUCAAGAUUCUUCAGCUCCCCCUGUUGAUAAUAACUCAGUCACAUAUUCUGCAGUGAAGUGUUCGAAUAUUAUUGAGGAGACAUGUAAGGAACCUCAAGAAGAAGUGACUGGAUCAUCUCCCAACAUCUAUGAGAAUUUCAGUUCAAACUAGCUUCAAACAUAAACCCUGCACAUUGAAUAAUGAGCUGAAUUAAUCAUUAAUCAUAUUUAUCCAAAUGAGUAACUUAAAGGAAAACAGUCAUCAUUGAAAAUAAAAUAUGCCAUGUGUAUUACUGUAAUGCAUACAUGUAACAAUCUAUUUCAGUCAAUUUCCUGACUUACAUUUUCUCUGUGGGGUCAGCCAUCGUUAAAUGCCCUUUGGUCAGAAGUCACAUAUAUCUGCCAAUACCAUGCCAAAUUCAUACAGCUAAACUGAGCUGAGAGGACAUUUUUGAGAUACUACAUUGCACAUGACAUCAGGAUUUCAUUAGAAUUUCUAAAGACACAUCACUCUCGGUCCCUUGCAUGGUCUUCGGUUAAAUGAGCAGUGCUUAUGACCAAAGAUGAUUUAAAGAUGGCUGACUCAGUUGAAGGUUAAGUCGGAUGAUGUACUGAAUAUGAUAUAUAUUUGCAUUAUGAAAUAAUAUACAAAGAGGUCAACAUACUUGUUGGCUUUCAUGUUAAAUAAUAGAAAUAGAUGAAAAAUUUCCUUUAAAUAGUCAAUAUACAUUUGCAGUGAUAGACCUUACUUUUUAG